AUGUUUAUGGGAGGUAAAUAUGUGAACUAUCAGUUGUUAGAACAGAGUGUAUCACACCAGUCUAUAGUGAAUCAGAGUAUAAAUAUACUGAAUCAGCAAGUGAGGUCGUUAGUGAGUGAAAAUGAAGGUUCGCAGUUGGUACGGACUGCGGACGGUGUUGUGUUAGCGGUGGUGCCGUCUAUGUUACCGCAGGCCGAGACUUCGGAUGUGAGGACUACUCAAAGUGAUUUCCCUCAAAGUGUGACUGUGCCUCUCGGCUGGAGAAGGAUUGUCAAUGGGGCAUCUGUCAUUUACAUCAGCCCCAGCGGCACGGCGCUGAGCACGCUCGCCCAGCUCAGGGAGUAUCUGCAGACAGCUGGCACCUGCAAGUGCGGCCUGCCGUGCCCGCUGCGGCCCGAGACGGCGUUCAGCUUCGACCCGAAGGUGUUGAGCAAACCGUACCAGGCGGCGUCCGGCGCGGAACUGACGAAACUGUGCAACCACAAGCGGAAACUGCUCGCGACGCUGCAUGCGCGCGCGCAGUCGCCCGCCACACCGCCGCCUCAAACUGAACAGAAGAAAGGCGCUGUGGAGCCCGCCAAAAAGAAAAUGAAGAAGCGGCCUGGCUUCGCGCCAAACAUGAGCGUCUCACAAAUGAUGGUUCAGAGGGAAAGGCCGCUCAAUGAAUUCAAGUCCAUGGAGGAUCAGAAAAGAACAGGAUCGCCGGGUUCGAUAGUUCAACGUCCGAUCAAUCAGGCGUGUUUACCUUAUCCCCAACAAAACAUGCUUAAUGUUGUGGAUGAGACCAAACAAGAAACACACAUUCAGAGAAGUUCACACUAUCUAACAGUUAGCAGUGGAUGGAUAUCUCAGCAUCCAGAUAAUAUAGACGUCAAUCAGAAAAUAAAUCAGUCAAUUCCUAACCCCGCCCUUAAUGUUGGCCUACCUGUACUAGGUACGAAUGGACAAAUUAUAGGCGUCAAUACAAGCUUCAACAAACAAGCAAAUGUUAAAAAUUCAAUGAAUGUGAUACCACAAAAUGUUGUUGAACCAGAACGUAAAGAGGAAGAGAAAGAAGUGCUCACGAAACAGACAAAGGAGGAGUCUCAGAUAUUCUGCGGUUUGAAUCAACCGCUCACACCGGAAGUGAUGCAGAAAAUCAACGAACAACAACAAAUAUUCAUACAAAGAAAUCAGAAACAGAUCGAAGUCAUGAAGGGAUAUAAAACGCAGAUGGCGGACAACGUCAACCAAAACAAGCAACUAGUACAGAACCAGUACUUGCCACAGAAUCAGCUGGUGAUUCAGAACGGGACCGUCGUGAAAACGAACUCUGCAAAAACACCGCCGUGGCAAGUUAAGAGAAAUGAGACGAGUACUCCGAAUUCUAUGACGAGUGCAAGUCCCAAGUUGCAAAAGAUGGACAAUAUGGAUUACGACAUGAAUAACGAUGAUACACCCCAAACAGCACCAUUUUCUAAUGAUCAAUCAUCAAUUAAUCAUGGCAUGUGCUCGAGAGUCCCGCCUUUACCACAGCAUUACAACAUGAUGGGCCAACAGUGGCCGAAUAUGGAUCUCAAUAAAAAGAAAGGCAAAGGUACUAAGACGCCUAAAAAGAAAAAUAACCAACUAGAAAACAAACAAAUGGUAUUUGGUAAUAACGGAAUGAAAUUCUUGCAAGACCAAAAGAAAACAUGCGACGAUGUCAUGGGAAACAAUGUCCCGUCGUUUAUGGAUGAUCCAAGCGGUUACUUGGCUCAACAGACGGUGUUACUAAACAAUACAAUUUCAAGACAAGUUGGUCCUAACGCUACAUUCGAAGGUCAUCCGUACGAACCUUCAACUAGCUCGUACAACCCUCAGGGACAAGAAAAAUUACAAAUAUGUAAAUCUGUGAAGCAGUAUGAGCCAAUAAAUGUAUUUAGGAACAAUAUAAAUUCAUCGCCGUCACCAAACACGCCAGAUAGUAGCGUAGUCCCCGAAAAAGUACAAGACCACAUGAUGCCGCAGUGUUACAAAGGUUGCAAUUUGCCGUUUAAAAAUACAGAUGCAACAGAUAACCAUAUGAGGACUAAAUAUCAUAAGAAUAUAUAUCACGAUAUGGAUACAUCUACAUCAAGUCCGAAACAUUUCGACGAGAGUCCGGUUACAUCAUCAACGUUCAUCGAAAGGAACGUAAUUUCGAAUGAGAAUUGUGGUCCCAUUCAAGCUGGGAUCGUUAGCACAAGCAAUGUGUCUCCAACAGAGACAUUGCAGCCCCCAGAACCUUCGCCGACCCUCUCGAACAGCUCUCGCAGUACAGACACACCUCACAGUGGCAGCAGCAGUUCACAUCAGAAUUGUACAUUCCCUAUGCCUAGUCCAGCGUACUCAAACCCUGGAUCGUGCAGAGAUAACUUCAACAGCAAUCCGCCAACACCCAAUAGUCAAGCAUGUCCAUACAAUUCUCCAGGACCACCCAACCACUCCAUAUCUGGCACCCAAAUGAUGCAUUUCAUAUCAAAUCACAAUGUAAAUAAGAAUCUUAUGGAAGUAGAUAACAUAUCAAUGGUUGGAGUUAAGCCUGGUUUAAGACAGGAGAUGAUUAAACUAGAACCGAAGAAACGGUUUGAAAAUACAAUGCCUGGAUAUUGCCCUCCACCACACUUGGGCGGUGGACCGCCUUAUUCGUUGAUACAAACGAAUUAUAUACAAACAUUUGUCACUACUAUGGCGAGUUUUUCAGUUAUUCGAGACACUGUGACGUCAGUACUUGCUGGAAAAGCGAACACUGCUACUACAUCAAUCAAUGCAUCACAAGCUAACUUUGUUCGACCACCGCCGCCACCUAGUGUCAAUUUAGCCACCACCUACGCUAUACCCAAUAACCAGCCAGAUCCAUUUAUCAAUUCCGUAAAUCUGCCCACGAGCUAUCCUCUACAUAUCGCCGGAACUACAGCUCAGAAUAUGAUAUCUAAAUCGCCAUUGGAAAUGGUUCAAAACGUAAUAAGCAGUUUGCCUUCUAAACCAGAAACUAGUAAUGCUCAAAGCACGUCAUUGACACAAAUUGGAAAGAGGACCAGUCCAGGACAGAUACUUAUAUCUUCUACUGGACAAAUAAUCGUGACUAGUAAUCAUAUGCCACCACCUCCACCUAAGAAUAUAACAGCUAUGUCCCAAAUUGGCUCGAAUGCGGUUACUAACGUCACUUCGUCAGUUACACAAGUCGUGCCGGCUGUGGGCGGUGUACAAUCCAUCGUAAAUCAACCAACUGUUGUAGUUAAUACUCUUCAAACGCCAUUUGUCAUACAACCACCGAUGAUGGCCGUCGAUGGUCAGGUCGUUCAACAAAAUACUGUACUUCCCCAGAUCGUUGCAGGGGGAAUCGUAUCUGGACAGUCCUCUACGGAAACGUCGAGACAAAUCGAAGUUAAAAAUGGUCAGAGUUUUGUGCAAGGUGUUGCCAUGUUGUCGCCUGAAAGCAUUAAGAAGAGAACUAAGAAGAAGAAGAACCAAACGGCGAAUAUAACUAACGUCCUACAAAUAGCUGCGCCGCAACAGAAUCCCAACAAUAUAAUGGUUCAUUCUUCGCCUCAGCAUAAUUCUAGUCCACAGUUCUCUCCUCGCGGCUUCCAGUUGUCGCCCACAAACAAUAUAUCACCUACGCCAAUGUUACAAGCGCUGACAAUAGUUCCCGGAAAAUCGGGAACGCCCGCCCAUAUCGUUAUGAACGGUCAGGGAAAUACAAGCAACUUUGGAUCACAACAAAUCAUCACAAAUACAUCUCCAUCACAACAAAUUAAUCUAUUACAGCCAGUUAACUUGAUAAACAAUGCUAGUAAUGUAAUGUCGAAUUUCCCCGCAUUUCAGCAGUUUAUCGUACCAAAUCUAGGUGGAAUGGUCAUGACUGCUGACGGUACGACUAUAAUCCAGGAUAAUUCAACAGGCAUGCCGAUGCAGUUGCAACUGCAGACGGUCAAUGGACAGAAUGUCCUAACUCCAGUACAAAACCCUGGUGUAUUCACAGCUGGCACUAAUAGCGGCGUGGUUAUUCGGCAGAACCAACAAGGGAAGAUUAUCCAAUCGCAACACAGCCCUGGAGCUCAAUUUUUAUCACCAAACAGCCAAGUAAUGGUUAACAGUCCGAAUUUUAAUGGACAACUGAGUCCCUUACUCGCGAAUCUCAGUCCAACAAACGUGACAUUCAACCAGAAUCCCCAAGUUAGAUCAGGCAACGUUCAAGCGCAGGAGUUUAUUCAAACCAAUCAGAUCGGUCAAACGUUGAUGGUACCAUUGUCGCCCAAACAGGUGUCCAUAGCGUCCGCUGCCAAUAACAGGAGCAAUUCGACAUUUGUCCAACAGAACACUACAAUAGUGCAGCAGCAGACGACCCUAGUCUCGAACUCGAACAACACGCAAAUGUCAUCGAUCACGACCAACUUACAAGGCGGCAACUCGUCCCGUUUCAAUAUCGAUCCGAACGUUCUCCUCGGGAAACAGACCAACCAGAAAAGGAACUUCAUACAGAUGCCGGCCGAGAACGUGGACGAUAAGGAACGGAAUCUGGUUAUAGAAGAGAAGAUUGAGAAUUCGGAGAGUUACGCCAAGUUUAUGAACGAGUUCAGUCCCCUGCUGGGUCAGGAGGGUUUCGGGUCACAUGUGCGUCAUUCGGUGUCGACACAGACGCUCUUGAACCAGCCAAGAGGGGGGAAGUCUCCAAACCAAGGAGUUUCGGGCAGCAGUCCCCCGGACACGACGACGCACAGUCCCCUGGGCGCGUCGGAGGCGGCCAGCCCGAGGAUAUACGGCACUCGCUGUGUGUCCACGCAGGGGAAUUACGCGGAUACAACUACUAAGUCCCCGGAGCCGGCUGAUGUUAAUUCCUCGGGCAUGGUGCAGUGCGUGUCGAGCAGCGAGCAGGACAUGGCGGAGUCGCAGGAGCGCGCGAGCACCGAACCUUCCAACAACAUACUUUCAAACAUGCAAAUGAUGCGCCCGAGUCGCGCCCACAAUCCGGUCGAAUCAACGGACAUGCCCUACAACAGUAUGGGGCCGUCGACAAUGACCAGCCAACACCAGCAUCUGAUACCGAUGGGCUCGAACCUCUACGACAGACCGCAAAGUUACAAGCGGAAAAACGACUUUGAGACUCCGUACAGGAACGAGAAGAUCAUGAGGACAAACUACAUGGUCAAGGAUAUCGAAUUCGAUAUGAUACAGGACAAAAACAACCGACACUACCAAGGGACCAGUUCGGAAAUCCAAAAGGUUUUCGAUCGGCACCUAGGCUCCGGGCACGAUGGCAAGGGCGAGGAGCCGUCCAAGUUCCGCGUGGGCGACCUGGUGUGGGGCCCCGUGCGGGGCUACGUGUCGUGGCCCGGCAAGCUGGUGGGCCGCAGCGGGGCGGGCGCGUGGGCGGUGCGCUGGUUCGGCGAGCGGCCGCCCAGCUGCGUGCCGGACAAGAGCCUGCUCACGCUCACCGAGGGGCUCGAGGCGCAUCACGCGGCGCGGAUGAAGCACAGGAAGAGCAGAAAAUUAAACACGCUUCUAGAGAACGCGAUACAAGACGCGAUGGCGGAACUCGACAAGAAAAGUGACACGGAACGUAGCGCCGGCAGCUGCGAGGACGAAGAGGACACGCCCAAAAAGAAGAAGGAAAGAGUCAAGAAGGAGAAACACUUCAAGAAGAGUGUGCAGAAGAUCGAGCCGAGGCUCAGGAAUGCGCGAUGACGUAGAAGAUUGUAAUAUUGAAAUAUGGAUAUAUGUAGAAACAAGAAAGGGCUAAUUUAUUUUAUGUUUAGUUCUCAUGUGGUUCUAAAAUGCGGAUGCAUUCUUCUUAAAUCUUUCCUUCUUUUUUUGUCAGUCCAGUCUUGCAGGCGAUCCACGCGCGGCUCUUCGUGGACACAUAAAAGCGUUAAUUAAUGGAUUCCGAUGGUUCCUAAUGUUAUCGAAAAUAGUUUCCAGAAUGAUUAUGCAAUAGAUUUUACAAUUAGUCGUGUUAGAUUUAGCUUCAACCUUCGCACAUGUCCGCAGUGCGGUAGCGUUAGUUCUCGUCGAAUGCAACACAAGAGUUUAUUCAUAUAAAUAUUAAAUCUUUGACUAAAUGUAGAUAUUUUAGUUCGCGGCAGCUGCAUUUUUGGCGGGAAUGUAGGCGUGGCUUUUUUUUAUUAUUUGUAAAUUGUAUUCAAUUACGUUAAAACAGCUGCCUUUUGUAAAAUUGUAGAUUUCUGGUAGUAAAAUGUAAGUUGUAUAUUUACGGGAGGUGGCGAGAGAUUUUUUUUUAAAGAGAAUCAUACUUGAUUUUCUGAUAUGAUUGCAGUAAACUAUUCUGUCAGUAUAUCAGUAAGUGCUGCAUUAGAUAAAUAAAUGUGUUUGCUAAUUAUCAUCGCUAAGUAGCUAACUCGCAAGAAAUAAUCAUAUUCAGAGAUUCUUCAUAUCAAUCUAUGUGUUGUUCUAACGUAGCGUAAUAGAAAAGUUCAUAAAUAUUAUAUAUUAUUGUAUAAAAAUGAAAAUUUAUUUAUCAUACAUCGAUGAGCCCGCAGUUUCUUUCGCGUCAUCGACAUUUGUACAAUUUAAUGUAAAAUUAAGAAAAAAAAAUAAUACCUAUUUAUCUGUGUAUAUUACGUUUUGUUAGAAAGUAUAUUAUUAUGUUUUCUAGUCAAAAUAUUUGAUCAAGUGUAAAUAUCGGAACUGACAAUAAUUCUGGCCUGACAUUGAGCAUUAGUAAGUACAGUAUUUAUUUCACAUUUAUUCAUUAUUAUAACUAAAUGUAAUUAUUGUUUUUUUUUGCAUUAAUUUGCCGUAGUUUUGUUAUUAAUUUUAUAGAAGGAUAGUUUACAGCUAGCGACUAUCAGAUUAAUAUAUGCUAGUGUAAGUCUAGGGGAACAUUGUAUCGAUGGAAGUAUCGAGAUUUUAUUAAAAACGUCAUAAACUAGACAUUAAUAUAUGAAAGAAAAAGUUUUAAUUAUUUAGUCUAAACAGUGUUCUAUCCUUUUCACGUUCAAAUAAUUUUAUAUAAGAAGGAAAGAGAUGGAAUAGCGAUUAGCCUAAACAUUGAUGGAAAUGUUUAUCACUAAAUGGAAUAGUCGUGCGAAGUAUAAAUCAAGAGACACUGACGAUACAAUGUUUCUAUUCAAUUUCUAACCGUUUAUAGCAUAUUUCCGAUGGAAUUUUUAAUAUAUGUAGUUUUAUAUAGGCCUAUACUUUAGAGUAGUUAAGUUGACGACACAAGUUUUACGGAUCAAUUGGCCAGGCGUGUCGAUAAAUUAUUAUUAUUAUUAUUAUUGAACAAAUUAUUAUAAUUAUUUUAUUGUGAUACAGAUUUUUAACGAUCGGAGCGCUUUUCGAGAUUUCUUAUGUCGGUAACUAUCAUCACAGGCGGGUACCUCUUUAUUGUAACAUUAAGUUGAUAUUUCGAUUCACUUCGAGUGCGUUCGCGUUUCCAUUCGGUACAAGGGAGAUUAAAAUAUAAUUUUACGUGCUUUUAUUUCACAAUUAUAUUAGUAUAGAUAAUAAAUUCUCUAAAGUUAGGUAGGACAUUAGAUGUGCAACAAUACAUUUUGAUAGACAAUUCGUUAUCAGCGGUCAAUGUUAGAUAAAUAUGUGUAAUAUUCAUUAAUGUGAUCUAUGAAUUUUCAUAAAUAAAUAAAUAUAAUUAACCUUAGCUUACACGCGUCGUGAAAAUCGUCUCUUUGUUUUUUGUAUGCAUUCAACUAGCGAGAGACGAGUUUCAGUGGCGUUACUGUUUUUAUAUUAUCGUAUUUUAACCCUAGGUAUUCCAUUUAAAUGUCCUAAAUAUAAAUUUGUCUUGAGAUACGGACGUAAUAUUAAAUGUUAAAUUGUUUAUUAUGAUAAUGGCAUAGUCGUACCAUCUGAGAAGGUAUUAUGUAAAUAUUUUAAAUGUAGUUAUGUAUAGUAUUUUAUU